UGAUACCGCGUUCAGUGUGUUGCCAGAACAGAACAGAAUGGACUUCCAGCGCCGGUUAAGCAUUCAGAGUCGGAAAACGUUUGAUGAAGAAGACGAGGAUAGAUCGUCCUCGUUUGGUGACGGGGAAGAGGACGAUUCUGAAGAGACAGAGGACGACGACUAUGAAGAUGAUGAGUUCAAAGAGCAGGCUGCCAUUGGAGACGAUCAGCUGAACUUGAUCAACAAGCUAGUGGAGAAGAUUAAAACUGAUGACGUUGAUUCCAGCUCUACAAACGCUACAAAGAGCUAUAAAUUGACGGAAAAGUACGGGAAGCCCCAAGGUAUCAUCGGUAAAGGUACCUACGGUAUCGUCAAGCUGGUUUCCAAGGUUGACACGGCCUCAAAGAGGGAAAUGUUCUACGCCGUUAAGGAACUUCGAAAGAGGGAUAACGAAGAUGUUCAACACUUUGCGACGAGAUUGACGUCGGAGUUUGUCAUCUCGAACUCUCUUCAGCAUUUGAACAUUGUCCGUACAUUUGAUUUGAUGAAGAACUCGUCUGGUAUCUACUCUGAAAUCAUGGAGUACUGUGCUGGAGGAGACCUCUAUAACCUAAUUUCCAAGACUAACAGGGAAGGUCUGCUUUCGCUUGAAGCAGAUUGUUUCAUGAAACAGGUUACAAAUGGGCUUGACUAUAUGCAUGCCCGUGGUGUUGCUCACUGUGAUAUCAAGCCGGAAAACAUAUUGUUGACCACGCAAGGUGUUGCAAAGAUCUCCGACUUUGGAACAAGUGCAGUGUUCAGAACCGCAUGGGAAAAGGAAUGUCAUUUCAGUCAAGGAGCAUGUGGUAGUGAACCCUACGUUGCACCGGAGGAGUUUAUCUGUAACGAGUACGAUCCCCGUGCAGCCGAUGUUUGGGCCCUUGGUGUAUUGUACCUAACAAUGGCAACUGGAACUUAUCUCUGGCCUGUUGCCAAGUUGAGUGAACCUCUGUACGAGGACUACAUCGAAACCAGACCUCAACAAGGGAAGCCUGGAACGUUUGUACCAAUUGAAAGCAUGAAAAGUGGUGCUUAUUACAAAUCCAGGAAGGCCACUGUUUAUGGGAUGUUGGAUCCAAAUCCUUCAACGAGAUUAACCAUUGAACAAGUGAUGAAAAGCUCUUGGCUCCAGCAAGUUAGGCUCUGU